AUGGCCUCUAAAGCUAUUCCCUCCCACCUUCGUCCGGCCGCAGCCUCUAAUGGAAGCAACGGUGGCUCCGCCCCUGCCGGAGCAGAGAAGAGACACCAUGGAAAGACACAAUCUCAUGUGACCCAUCUGCACAACCUUCCCCCAGAACCUCCCAAUAUGGCAUCGAGACGGGCGAGGAAAACAUUGGAUCUGCCCGUUCGGGCCUUGCCCGCCGCACGGACCUUGCAGCAUCUCGAAUAUUCAGAUCAUCUGCGCUCGGAUGUCUGA